CGGCUGGUUUCCGGUAACAACAGGAGAACCAGGAGAAUAUAAAAUGGCGUACUGCGCUAGGAUUUAAUCGACGUACUUGAAAUAUACUUCUGAAAAAAAUUAUAAGUGUUCGACAUAGCGUUGUUUUGAUCGGGACACGUGGAUUUCAACUACCAAAAGUCGUUCAUGCCAUUAUCUCAUCGCUCCGACUCUUCGAACAUACUACGAAAUCAAGAGACACAAAAGAUUGUGAAACUUGGGAUAGUUAUAUAUACAUCCCUCACGCCGGUUUUGCUCAUAUCGACUGAAGCAAUGAACCAUGGCUACUCUGGAAGAAGUGAGCAUCCGGCUCAUGAAACCCGCCAAAGAUCUUGCUGAUUGGACUUGCAGAUUUUCUGAGAUUUUGGAGGAAUAUCGUAGUUUGGUGGAAAAACACGAAAAUGUUAAUCUCAGCAAAGCAGGUCUGGUAAUACAAAAUUUGGCGGCAACGUACGGUCGACGACUCGAAUAUUUGUUUCAAGAGACAACAUUGUCGCAUCAAACUCUGGUGGAUCAAGAAGUUGCGAACGAGUCGAAAAAAAAUACUAAAAAGGAUGGAAAAGAAAAGAAGACUGUUAUAGACAUAAUAGAUUUCGAGCCCAUAGAUUUUACUGGGUAUAUCAGCAAAAAUAUCAACAUUAAACAACGCAUCGGUGCUAAUAAUGGCGUUAAACUACUCGGCCAAAGGUUUCCUCAGUUGGAAAAUGCAACCAAGCCCUCAAAAUCAGAUCAGGAAAAUUCAACGGAAAUCGAUCCGGAACAGGACAAUGAACAAGGGGUCGGGAGAAAAUACGCCUUCAGGUGUAAUCAGUACAUCACCGAGUCUGGAAUGUUGGUGGAACACUUGAGACCCGAAGGUUUGGCGAACAGGUCGUCACGAUCGGAAUUAGGAGAAAAAAAUUCUCGAGAAUCCACGGAAAAUCGUAUCGAUUUGAACGAUGGUGAGGACAACGAAUUGGACGCCGAAAUUUUACCUCCAAACGGUAUGACAUUGGACAACUGUCGUGCAGUUUCGACGCCACUACCGGACUCGGAAAAUUAUUUCAUGAACGUUUCGGCGGUCGAUUCUGGUCGAGGGUCUUCCGUUCGAACCAUGAUGCGGCCAGAAUCUUCGCUCUCGAGCGAUCGGGGUGAAAACUGGGACUCUUAUUCACCGCGACCCUGCUCGCGCCUUUCAAUGGACGAUGUAGCAAGUCCAGAACCGAGAAACGAUUCAGGCAUCACGCGUGAUGAAACUUCGCUGAAUGAUUCUUCGCCUACCAAACGCGGUGCCGAGGACUCUGAAACCUCUGCGAAUUCAGAGCCAGACGUUUUAUCGCCCAAAUCUGAAACGGUCGUUGUCGCACAUGAACCAAGAAGUAAAAGGCUGAAAAGUAUUUUUGACAUGCGGACAAUGGAAGAUGCAAAGCCUUUGGAACCCAUUCCAUUCGACGGUGUACCGGACAAACUGUCCAAAAGUCUAACCGAUUUCAAAUUGCCGUGCUCAAUAUCGAUAUUGAAACGUAACGAUACACUUGUGAAACGUAAUGAUGCGCUACAAAAACGAAAAAUCAGGUCAGAUGCAAGAAAGAAAAAAUUGAAAAAAAAGUCACAGAACGAGGCGGAGGAUAAAAUGAAUGAUUAUUCACUGACGAAACAAUUGUUUUGUCCUUUCAUGAAAGAGGAGCUCGACUGCUUGCCUAAAUCCUUCAACAAGCAUUUACGAAAAUUACGAGAAUUAGAAGCUCUGGAAAGCUACGAGCCUGUGACGAACGAAUCGAAAAAGUUGUUAGGUUACAGGAGGCAGGAUCGCAAAUCGAGUGAUUCGCCGGAUGAAUAUGAAGAGACGAGCUUAAGAGAACUCGAAAUGACACCGGAAGAACUGACGGAACCACCAGCGGAUGAUUUUCCGAUGCCGGACACACCGGAAUCGUUUAACGGUCCAGAACCAAUGUCUCCUCCACCGCAAACGUGUAGUAGCAGAAUCGAACGAUUAGUUCACGAUAUUUAUGAAAACUGUGACGUUCGAACUGAACAGGAAGAAGCUGUUGCCAGAUGGCACGAAGAAAUUCAAGCAAAAUUAAAACAAAAUAAAAACAGGCCGAAAUUCGAAAUGGCCGAGUACACGUCACGAGUCGUUAAAACUCUCAAAAAUAAUGAUGGUCGAAUAUCUUUUAAUCAAAUGGUACUUCAGAAUCAGCCACCCGAAGCUGCGAGGUACCUUCUGGCUUCGUUAAUGCUUGCAAACAAGUACAAUAUUCAAAUCGAUGCGAGCAACGAAGAAGGAAAUUUCACGUUAUUAUUAAUAAACGAUUAGGAUCAACGUGAAAAAAAUGUACAUAGCACUUGUACAAUGUAAAAUAAGUGUAAAAAAAAUGUUAUUAAUGUUAGCAACUGUUUCAACAUCACCGGUUAACGAGCAGAGUGUGUAUCACGAGCGUAACGCGCUUAAAAGUGUGUAUGAGUGAGAGGGAAAAGUGAUAAAAGACUCUACUCAGCGAGUGAGCCAUGUUUUUGUGAAAAGUAUUCGGUGAAGAAGCUCAAAUUUUCCACCUGAUAAAACACACCAAAAAGUGUUCUAAAAAAUGUUUUGUUAAGUCACUGAAAAAAAACCACCGAAACGCUAAUCUAUAUUCCGGCUGUUAAUCCAAAAACUACAAAAAAAAAAUUUUUUAACGUUUUGAAUAUUUAAAGCUAAUAGAAAAUCAGCGCGCUCACCGAUGUAUAUGAAAGAAUAAUUGAAUGCGCGCAUAUAUAUUUUAACAUUUCGUAAGAUAUUUUUCUACGAUUUUUAUUGAAACUUGAAACUCGCGGCAGCUUUAUAAAACUCGGUUAAUUAUUGUUUCGUAAGAAUGAAAUAUAAUGUGUUUGAGAGAACGGUGAAAAUUCAGAUUUUGGACGUAUUCAUUCUCAUGUAAGAAUUGUUGGAAAUUCUCAGAUCUUGUACCAGUGCAGAAGAAAAAAAUUAAUAUAUUAUAACGUUAUCGUACA